AUGGCGACCGGGGCGGCGGCGCUGUGGCAGCCGCAGGAGGAGGGGCUGCGCGAGAUCUGCGCGGUGCUGGAGGCGCACAUCUCCCCCAACUCGGACCAGGCCCGCAUCUGGCAGCAGCUCCAGCACUACGCCCAGUUCCCCGACUUCAACAACUACCUCGUCUUCCUCCUCGCCCGCGGACAGGGAAAAUCUUUUGAAGUACGGCAAGCUGCCGGUCUUCUAUUGAAAAAUAAUCUGCGAGCGGCUUUCGUUUCCAUGCCUCCAUCAUCUCAGCAAUACAUCAAAUCCGAGUUGUUGCCAUGUAUAGGGGCAACUAACAGGGCAAUUAGGUCCACAGUUGGAACUGUUAUCAGUGUACUCUUUCAAAUUGUUGGAGUCACUGGAUGGAUCGAGUUGUUUCAGGCUCUACAUCAAUGUUUGGACAGUAAUGAUCUGGAUCAUAUGGAAGGUGCUAUGGAUGCUAUCUACAAGAUAUGUGAAGAUGUUCCUGAAGAGCUUGAUGUUGAUGUUCCUGGCUUGUCCGAACGACCAAUUAAUGUAUUCAUGCCACGGAUGCUGCAGUUUUUCCAGUCCCCCCAUGCAAGUCUUCGAAAACUAUCACUGGGCUGUAUCAACCAGUAUAUCGUGGUGAUGCCAUCGGCGUUGUAUAUGGCCAUGGAUCAGUACCUGCAGGGCUUAUUCGUCCUUGUGAAGGAUCCUUCAGCGGACGUCCGGAAACUGGUUUGCUCGGCCUGGGUUCAGCUCGUUGAAGUGCGGCCAUCAAUUUUGGAGCCACAUUUGAAAAAUGUUACUGAAUUGAUCCUGCAAGCUAACAAAGAUUCAGAUGAUGAAGUUGCUCUGGAGGCUUGUGAAUUCUGGUCAGCGUAUUGUGAUGUUAGCAUGCCCCCUGAAGGACUGCGGGAGUUCUUGCCACGCUUAAUACCAACUUUGGUGUCAAAUAUGGUCUACACUGACGAUGAUGAAUCACUCGCUGAUGCUGAGGAAGACGAAUCCUUUCCGGACAGGGACCAGGAUUUGAAGCCCCGUUUCCAUGCCUCUCGAUUGCAUGGAUCUGAAAAUGGAGAAGAUGAUGAUGAUGAUGAUGCUGUAAAUGCUUGGAACUUGCGGAAAUGUAGCGCUGCUGGGUUGGAUGUCCUUUCUAAUGUUUUUGGAGACGACAUUCUGCCGACUUUAAUGCCUUUGAUUCAGCAAAAUUUGGCUCGGACAGAUGAUGAGUCCUGGAAGGAGCGGGAAGCUGCUGUUUUAUCGAUUGGUGCUAUAGCAGAGGGAUGCAUCACUGGGUUAUAUCCCCACCUUCCACAGAUGGUUGCCUUCCUAAUCCCACUUCUUGAUGAUAAGUUUCCUCUUAUUCGGAGUAUUACUUGCUGGACCCUCUCCCGGUACAGCAAGUUCAUUGUUCAGAGCCUUGGCCAUCCAAAUGGCCGCGAACAAUUUGAUAAGAUCCUCAUGGGUUUGCUCAGAAGGAUAUUGGAUACUAACAAAAGAGUGCAGGAGGCUGCCUGUUCUGCAUUUGCAACGCUUGAAGAGGAGGCAGCAGAAGAACUAGUACCGCGACUGGAAGUCAUUUUGCAGCACCUUAUGUGUGCAUAUGGAAAAUACCAGAGGCGGAACCUCAGGAUACUCUAUGACGCUCUUGGUACCCUUGCUGAUGCUGUUGGAGCAGAGCUAAACCAGGCAAAAUAUCUUGAUAUAUUUAUGCCGCCAUUAAUCGCGAAGUGGCAGCAACUUCCCAACUCUGACAAGGAUCUAUUUCCGCUGCUUGAAUGCUUUACAUCUAUCGCACAGGCACUGGGACCAGGAUUUUCUCAGUUUGCUGAGCCAGUGUUUGUGAGGUGCAUCAGUCUUAUCCAAACCCAGCAGUUGGCAAAGGUUGAUCCUGCUGCGGCAGGUGCGUUGUAUGAUAAAGAGUUCAUUGUCUGUGCAUUGGACCUGUUGUCUGGGCUUACAGAAGGACUUGGUGGCGGUAUAGAAAGCCUGGUUGCGCAAAGCAACUUGAGAGAUCUACUUCUGCAAUGCUGCGUUGAUGAGGCACCUGAUGUUCGACAAAGUGCUCUGGCCCUUCUUGGCGACAUUUCUAGGGUCUGCCCUAUACAUCUUCAGCCACGGCUCCAAGAAUUCCUUACUGCUGCAGCAAAGCAAUUGACUCCACAAUCUGUGAAGGAUGCUGUGUCAGUUGCUAACAAUGCUUGUUGGGCCAUUGGAGAAUUAGCAAUCAAGAUUGGCAAAGAAAUUUCACCUGUGGUGAUCAGUGUUGUUUCAUGCUUGGUUCCUAUUCUAACAACCCCAGAGAGCUUGAACAAGUCACUCAUUGAAAAUAGUGCAAUCACUCUCGGGAGGCUUUCAUGGGUCUGUCCAGACAUUGUGGCCCCUCAUAUGGAGCAUUUCAUGCAAGCCUGGUGCAACGCCUUGUGCAUGAUAAGAGAUGAUUUCGAGAAAGAGGAUGCGUUCCAUGGUCUUUGCGCAAUGGUGGCAGCAAACCCCACAGGGGCCGUGAGCUCACUAGCCCACGUAUGCCAGGCCUGUGCAAGUUGGAAUGAGAUAAAAAGCGAAGGUUUGCACAAUGAAGUGUCCCAGAUUUUGAAUGGCUACAAGCAGGCGGUAAGAAUUGAAUUGCGACGAGAGGAACUCUGUUUUUGUCGGGUCCUUUUUUGGGGUUUCGCUUGUCACACUCCAUUGGCAACCCCAGCAGCAGCAUUGAAAGAGAUUUUUUGUAGAAUGUAUUCUAUGUGA